UUUUGAGACACUUUAUCGCAUUGCAGUCGACACCAAAGCGUGUUCCAGUAUUAGUUAAGAGUUCUACCCGCAGUAUGAGUGACGAGGUCUCAAAGGCCAAAGCUGCGGCCGGAACCCAGCAACAAGAGGAGACAAUUUUUAGCAAGAUAGUUGACAGGAAGAUCCCAGCUGAUAUCAUUUACGAGGAUGACACGAGUCUAGCAUUCCGUGAUGUCACGCCACAAGCCCCCAUACAUUUCUUGGUUAUACCGAAGAAGCCUCUUGCAAGAUUGAGCCUGGCUGAGGAUGUUGACACCCCGCUUCUAGGACAUCUGAUGUCUGUUGCGAGGAAAGUUGCUAAGCAAGAAAAACUGGAUAAUGGAUUCAGAAUCGUAAUUAAUGAUGGACCUGAUGGGGCACAGUCUGUAUAUCAUCUUCACAUCCACGUCAUGGGGGGCAGACAGAUGGGAUGGCCUCCAGGUUAAUGCUCUAGUGCUGCCAUCUAAUUGAAUAGUUCAGUGCAUAUAUACUAUAUACAUGUAUUGAUACACUUCCCUACAAAAAUUUGGCAAUCUGAAGACCUCAUUUUAUAACACCCAUUGUAGCCUGUUUUUGACAGUAAGAAAUUCAUCACAUUUAAAACCCAUUGUUGCUAAUGAGUCAUGACGGGAUAAUAAUUAAGAUU